CUCCCUCGUCGCCGCCAUGCACGCAGUUUUUGUUUUCUUUUUUUUUUUUGGAGGAGUUCCUUUUCUUUCUUGUAUGGUAAAAGGAGACUAGUCUUCUCGCACGGGCGAUUGACCAAAAUGUGGGCUAGGUCUCAACCAGAUUGCCAGUUGCCGAAACUUCGUUCCAGAAAGGAGAGAUCUAUACUGAGCGGUUUUUGCACGAAGUGAUCUCGUCUCGCGGUGAAGAGCCGUCUUCCUUGUUCACGCAAGCAAUCGUUCUCUCGACCAUGCUUGGGCAAUGCUUCUUGCUGCAGUGUCAAGCCAUCGCCACUCGCUGUGAACAUGGAGGAGGAGGAGCAGUAAAAGGAGGCCUGCUUCAGGAUACUUGGAAGGAUACUUGGAAACCUUUCUACCAGUUAAUUCAAGGCAUUCUCUGUCAGCUGAUUCCGAAACUCUUGAGUAACAUCGAGCUCGAUACCGCCGGUGAAGGGGGCGGAGUGGGCUUGUUCGAAGAUAUGACCGCUUUGGUGGUAGCAUUGUCUCUGUGUGUCGGAACGAGCACAAGCAGUCCAGCACCUCUGAGCAACACCGCCGCUCUACCUGUCAUCAGUCGGGAGAGACGAGGCAUUGACGCGUUGUAUGAGAGUGUCGGCAAUCGAGCCAAAGCGGUCUUGCAAACUUUUGCACAGUCCAAACUGGUCGCAUUGCAUCUGUACAAUCAGACUGUUACAGAGGAGAUGUCGCAUCGGGGACAAAGAGGCCACGAGCAGCGAGCGUACGAGAAAGUAAGUCCGAAUUCCAUCUAUUACCUUGGCGGUGGCGGCGGCAGCGGCAGCGGCAAUGGAAAUGGAAAUGGCAAUCUGUAUUGA